AUGGCUGCGGGUCAAAAAAAAUAUAUAUGUUCCUUUUGUUUGAAGCCUUUCUCGAGAUCCGAGCACAAGAUAAGGCAUGAAAGGUCUCAUGCGGGCGUGAAGCCUUUCCAGUGCCAAGUCUGUAAACACUCUUUUGUUAGACGCGAUCUCUUACAGCGACACAUCAGGACUGUCCACAGAACCUUCCUCUUAUCCAGUUACGCGUCAAUGACAGGCGAUAAGGCUGAUAUCCCUGUAUCACUUGGCGUUGGUGACGUUGAUUCGACUUCACCCAGAGAUAUCAAAAUGGAAACACUCGUUAAUUCGAUGAUUAAGGUCAACAGCGGCCUUAUCAAUAUUCACUAUCAUAGUAGUAAUGUUGAAAAAAUGGAUAAGCAGCAACGUUGUGUGAUUGGGAAGGAGUCCUCUAGUUUAAAGAAAGGGAAAAGCCGCUUUAAGCAGGUUAAAAGCCGGUUGGAGUCCUCCAUCAGUGUAAAAAUUUUGCAAGAAUAUUCAUUAGAUUUUAUUAGCUCAAGAGAUAUUCUAACUUUCUUCAGAAUGGGUGUAAGCCACUUGGUAGAAAAUAAGAUCUUCCAAAAUUUCUUUCCAGACCUGUUCUCAUCACUACAAAAUGACGAGCUGGUGGAAAGUUUUUGGAUUAACAAGCCUUUUGGUCUCAUAAUAGCUUGUCUGGGUAUGUCCAUUUCGUUAAAUCAAGAUUCUCAAAAACUAUGGUUUAUCUGUUGUACGAAUUUGUAUGCUAGCUCAUCUAAACAUGACAAUGACUUUGACACUGAGGACAUUUUGUCACAGACAGAGCAACAUGAUGUUUUUGCCUUGAUUCUAUUUUAUUCUCUUCUAGUAAUGUUGGAGAAUAACAUUCCUGUUUCUAAUUCCAUUAAAAAGUUCGAUGUGUUUUCAAUGCUUCAAGAUAUUCUGAAGCCAUUCACCGUGGCAUCCUCCAGUUACCAUUAUUUGAAUAGUAAGGAAAAUGCAUGGUUCAUAUUCGAUCUAUGGGUCAAUAUCUUGCGCGAUUCAAACAACUUCAACAACGAUUCUUUACUAAUAUUUGGUUGGUUCGUCAAUCAAGAGUUUAUUUCGUCUAAUCCACUUAAGGACUUCAUAUACAAGGGACCGUCAAUGUCCACUACUGACUUAACUUUAAAGCAUAUCAAUAUUUUGGCAGAUUCCGCGUACGUGUAUUUUAUAAUAAAGAAGACUUAUCCGCAAGAGCUGCCAUCUGAUUUUAGAGUGCAUGAUUUGCUGGUUUACUUGAAUGAAUGUUUCGUAAUGCAGCAGCCGAUCAAACCUGAAACUAGUGCAAACCCCUCUUUAUUUGCGAACGUUAUGAACGCCAGGAUUACGGACUGCAAAUCGAAAAGUAACUGGUUAUUGUGGGAAACGAUUUGGUUCGAAUUCAUCAACAACUUGACUUUGAGAAAUGGGACCACAAGGAACAUAUGGUUCAUUGAUAACUUUCCACAGGUAUCGACCUCGUGCUUACUUCAUCAUUCUUCCUCAUUUGUUGAUGAAACCUUGAUCACCACGAACUUAUCAAUCAUAUCAAUGCUUCUUAAUUUGAAGUCUUUCACGCUGGCAUCUUUAAACCCAAGGAAUAUUCAGUUAAUUACCGACAUUGUCAGCUUCCAACUAAAAUUGUUUUCAUCGGAGUUAAUUGCAAGCUCGGAUGUUUCACCAUCACAAGUAUCUCAAUUACUAGUAAACCCCAAUGUUCACCUAAUGUUAUAUUUCUGGUUCGAUACCAUUUAUGUACAACGUCAGAGCUACCUUUCAUCAACAGAGAAAGAGGAAUUUGAGAAGGUUGAAGUGUUUGUGAAUGACUACAUUAUAACACACCAAAAGAACUUGGUGACAGACUUACACUCCAUUUUGUUCGAUUUUUGGUCAGAUUCCUUCAUUGCUUACCAUAUACUACUGCAUGCUAUUGUAUCUUCAUUAAGAGAUAAUAUUCUUUACCCAUACUUAAUCUACUCCCCUCACCUGAAUGACCAGACGAAAGCAUUGUUGACUGAUAUCUCUAAUUGGUCUUGUUUUGCUCUUCAACAGCCGUUUCGCAAGACUUCAAGAGGUUCUUUAUCUGGUGCUUCUGAUAUGAAAUCGUUUUCAGUAGCAUCAUGUUUGCCACUCUCUCCUAAUUUCCUAAAGAGAGAUUCAAACUGUAAUAAGAUUCUCCUGCCCCCAUUAGAUAUAAAAGCCAUUGAACCUAUCUCAACGAGUAAUUACACCUACGUGAACUCGGCCCCUAAGCAACAAGAGAAGGAACAACCAUUGUUAAGGGCAACAGGAAACAAUAUCAAUUUAGUCCAAACAAUAGUGGUCCCACCCCAGGUAAACAUGGAAUCACAAGAAUUCUCAGCUUCUUCAACUGACAAUAAACAAAGUAAAAACAUUGAAAUUUUUAGCCAAAUAAAAUAA